AUGGACAUUGACAAAUCGAGUCUCUUUUUCAUUUUUGAGGAUUUCCAAAACUCUUUAGAAAAAUGUGACUUUUACGCCGUGGACCAAGAAAUGACAGGUGUAGACUUUGACGGGCAGCAACGAUCACGUUUCAUGUCCUUGCCUGAGCUUUACGAAGCAUGUCGCGGUGUUGUUAAGAGAUAUAUAGCAUUUCAGUUUGGAAUUACGCUCUUUACUCGUUUGAAAUCGGGCGGUUACGUGGUCAAACCAUACAAUUUCUAUUUAUUAAAAGAACAUUGUGAUUUCGGUGUAAAUACCGAUGCAAUAAAGUUUUUGGUGGCACAUAAGUUAGAUUUUCAAAAAUGGUUAGCAUUUGGAGUGCAUUACUGUAAUAAGGAAGAGGAAGGAAGGUUUACCACGAAAAAAGAAAAUCCUUCGUACUUGGAGUUGGAAGAGAAAAUUGUUUUUCAUGUUGUGAAUGAAAUUAAAAAAUGGUAUCUUGAUCCAUACAAAAAGGAAGAGGAAAUAUUAUCAUUAAAGACUGUCAUGACCAAGGGAAUUGAGGCAUUUGUAAUCUCUACUCUCAAAGAGCAGGAUAUAUAUGUGAAUUUAGAGUACGACGAGAUUUCUAAACUAUACGAGCUACCAGUACAAUUAACAGUGCAUCGAGUGGAUAGAAACAAAUUGGAUUUGGAAGGGGAAAAAACUGCGGUCAAUUCUGCAAGCGUUUUUUCAGAGAAAUUGGGGUUUAGACAAAUUUGGAAAUGUUUAACCAAAUGCAAGAAACCUAUUAUUGGUCAUAACUUUUGGUUAGAUAUAAUGUUUAUGCUGCAUAUGCAUGAAGCGCCUCUUCCUACAAUGUACGAGGACUUCAAAAAACAGGUUCACGAGUUAUUUCCCUGCAUUUAUGAUACUAAGACACUUUCUAAAACUAUGUUUUUUUCUAAGCUAAACAAAUGUUAUCAUUUGGAUGAUUUAUAUAAGGAAUGCUGCAAAAUAAAUAAAGAAUCGAAAGAUUCAAUUGUUUUUCGGUUCCCUCCUGGUUUUCACUUCUAUGAUGAGAAGUGCUUAGGAAGUGAAGGGAAAGCACAUGAGGCGGGAUAUGAUGCGUAUAUGACUGGUAUCGUUUUUGCAAUAAUGAAAGAUGUAUUAAAGAAUGGCGAUGAGAUUGAAUUUAAAAAAUGGGAAAAUGUUAUUUCUGUGUAUGGAAGUAAUUAUUAUAUGAACGUGGUAGGUAAUGAUUUUUUAAAAUCAGGUUCAAUCUUUUUGAUUGAGUUUGAAGAAGAUGUAGAUGCUCGCUUGGUACAGUCUCUUAUUUCUACAGAAAAGGACAUUGAACGAAUAAAAAACAAUCAGGAACCUACCUCUUUCUUAUUGGAUUUGGAUUUUUGCAAAUCUGAGAGGCAUGACAGAACUUUCUUUGCUCAGUUUUACGAUGGAAACACUAACGAAAAAACAAUAAGGGCUCAAAUAGAUUUAUCUAAAGAGCGAAUUAGCUUGUGUUUCUCUACAACAAUGAAAAAACGAGAAAUUAUAUUUCCUCAGGUUAAAAAUAUUUCUCGCUUUACGGAAUAA